AUGGAGGCGAUGCCCUGCCAGAACCAGCGCCUCGGCCCGCGGCCGCAGGAGGAGCCGCCGCCGGCGGCCACGGCCACGGCGGGCGGCGGCUCCCGGCUGAUCCGCUUCGCGGAGCCCAGCGAGGACAGCGGCUGCCCCAGCCCGGACAGCAGCAGCAGCAGCAGCAGCAGCAACGGGGUGGUGGCGGCGCCGCCGCCGCCGGUUCCCGCGGGGGAGGGCGGCGCGCCGGCCAUCGGGCCGCAGCUGAAGCUGCUGCCCAUGAACGACCAGCUGCGGGAGCUGCAGACCAUCAUCAGGGACAAGAAAUCCAGUAGAGGAGACUUCGUAUUUUCUGCUGAUCGCCUGAUCAGACUGGUGGUUGAAGAGGGACUGAAUCAACUGCCCUACACAGAAUGUACCGUGACCACUCCAACAGGAGAGGCCAUGGAGCAAGGCCUCCGGGACUGCUGCCGCUCCAUCCGCAUCGGGAAGAUCCUGAUCCAGAGCGACGAGGAGACCCAGCGAGCCAAGGUGUACUACGCCAAGUUCCCUCCAGACAUCUACAGGAGGAAAGUCCUGCUGAUGUACCCAAUUCUGAGCACUGGUAACACUGUCAUCGAGGCUGUCAAGGUGCUGGUGGAACACGGGGUCCAGCCCAGUGUCAUCAUCCUGCUCAGCCUGUUUUCCACGCCCCACGGUGCCAAAUCCAUCAUCCAGGAAUUCCCAGAAAUCACCAUUUUAACUACAGAAGUGCAUCCUGUUGCACCAACACACUUUGGACAGAAGUAUUUUGGAACAGACUGACAAUCUCAGAACAACUGGAUGUGACUCUAUGACAUUACAAGAGGUUUUUUUCUACAUUUUAUUCUUGUUGGGUUGUCAAGGGCACGUUUGGGAACCUUUCUGGCCAAAGGGGGAAAUACUUGACUUAGGUGAGUUCUGGCCUGAACAGGGGUCAGGUACAAAGCACUCUGGUUACAUGGCCAAGCAUCUCCAUGUUGGGGUUGUUAAACUGCCACACUCUGCUUUAACUUAUUUAUUCUUCUCUCUCCUGUCCGUGGCUGCCUGCAGAGCAAAUAAACCCUCUGAAUCCCA